GAAGACAAAUUUCAAACAAGCUCGCCAAAAUAUUCGCCAAUGUCGGAAAAUACAGUCAAAAAUGUUACAUAAAGCGAUGUCACGUUCUAAUUUAAAGUUUUUAUCGUUAUAUGUUACAUCUGUUAAAAGUCAAAACAAUUAUUUAAGCAUCCUCAAUUCAAAGAUUGACUCAAACUGUUUUCAAGCGAAACGAACGGACAUUACUCAUUUGAGAACUGCACACCCCACCAGUCUAAUUAAUUGCAAGGCAUAUUCUUCAGAGGCAAAGGGAACGCAGGAAGAGAGUAAACCAAAAGAACGUUUGCCUGUUGUAAAUCUGACUGUUUUCUAUUGUUUUAAAUUUCUGUAUGCAUUAUUUCGUGACAAUAGCAUAAGAUACCAUGUGGCGCGUUCUUUCAUCCUAGGAUCUAAAAAAGCUUUUCUUUAUGUAUCAGAUUGCCUCCACCAGGAGGACUACGAUGGACUUACAGAAGUAGUAACGCCCGAGUUGCUAGAACGAAUAAAGAAACAGGAUAAAAUACGUUCUGAAAAAACAGAGCCUGGUGUCUUUCUUGCAAAAGAUGUGACCUGUAUUUCCUUAGCUAAUAUCAAUUGGAAAAUGGACAGAGAAACAAAAAUAAAAACUAUAGAAGUACUUGUACGUUUCCACUAUUUCAACAAAAAAGUAAAUGUACCAAAAUCAUUAAAGGAACUGGUACAAGCAUCAAGAACGGGCAGUGUUGAAGGAUCACCCAUAAAUUUUGCACACCUGAAAUUCGUCAGGACAUAUGGUGAGGAAAUGAAGGAUUCACCAUGGAUUCUAAAGGACUUGUACUAUUUCACGAGUGCUGAGUUUUUCUUUGUUUCUGUUAAAUAACUUUUAGACUACGUCUUUUUCAUGAAGCCCUGAAGCAGUGCUUUUGAAUCAGUGGAAUUGUAGGCUGUAUAUAAAACUAUUGUACUGUAUAAAGAAUGUGUGUAGAAAAAUGGUUAUGAUAAUAUGAAAUCUUUAUUUGAGUUAUAACUCUGUGGAAUCACAUGAUCAAAAUAAUCUCCAAACCAAAGUUAUAGAAGAACAUGAAUAAAUUUCCUACCAUGAAAAGACCAGUUUUAACAUAGCCUAACAUAUGACUAAUGAAAAUUGUUAAAUUAUUAUGUAGUUGACAAUAAUGAUAGAUAUCCCAUUUAUAAUUUAAAAAACACUAAAGAAAAUCAGACGUCUCAGUUUCUUGAAGUGUGCCAGAUAAUCAGAAGGUGAUUGAAAUAUAUGUAGUUUUUGGAUACAUCUAUGUUGCCAUAUGAUAGAUUGUAUUUUAGAUUUACAGCAAAAGUUGCUUCAAUAUUAUCCCAUAUUAUCAGCUCACCUGAACCAAAGGUACAUGGUGAGCUUUUGUGACCGCUCAAUGUCCGUCGUGUGUGAUGCGUCUGUCAACAUUUUCUAAAAAAAAAUCUUCCUCUUGAAAACCACUGGACAGAAUUACACCAAACUUCACAGGAAUGAUCAUUUUGUUGCCCUUUUUCAUAAUUAUUCAAAGAAUUGAAUUCCAUGCAGAAAUCUGUUUGCCAUGGCAGCCAAAAGGAAAAACUUUUAAAAUAUUCUUGUUUGUUUGUUUUGUUGGAUUUAACGUCGCACCGACACAUGAUAGGUCAUAUGGCGACUUUCCAGCUUUAAUGGUAGAGAAAGACCCCAGGUGCCCCUCCGUGCAUUAUUUCAACACGAGCGGGCACCUGGGUAGAACCACCGACCUUCCGUAAGCCAGCUGGAUGGCUUCCUCACAUGAAGAAUUCAAUGCCCCGAGUGAGGCUCGAACCCACAUCGAUGAGGGGCAAGUGAUUUGAAGUCAGCGACCUUAACCACUCGGCCACGGAGGCCCCUAAAAUAUUCUUGUCCAAAACCACAAGGCAUAGAGCCUUGAUAUUUUGCAUGUGACAUUAUUUAAUGGUCCUGUAUGAAGGUUGUUAAAAUUGUGCUCCUAGGGUGAAAAGAGGCCUCGCCCCGCGCGGGGUGGGGGGAGGGUGAGGUUCCAAGUUUACAUAGACUUGUAUAGACCUAGGCCUUUGAUAUUUGGUAUUGAGCGUUGCCUUGUGGUUCUCUACCAAGAUUGUUCAAAUUAUGCCCCUUGGGUGAAUAGAGACCCUGUCUUGGGGGUCUUAAGUUUUACAUAGACUGCAAGGCCUAUGCUUUUGAUAUUUAGCAUGUUUCAUUGCCUUGUGGUCCCCUACCAAAAUUGUUCAAGUUAUGCCACUGGGGUGAAAAGAGGCGCUGCCCUUGGGGUCCCAUUUUACAUAGACUUACGUAGGGAAAAAUAAAUUUUCUUUUAUGAAAGUUUAAGGCCUAUCCCUUUGAUAUUUGGAAUGUAGCAUUGCCUAGUGGAUCUCUAGCAAGAUCAUUUCAAAUUAUGCCCUUUGGGGGUCACAUGUUAUACAGAAAUAAAUACUUCAAAAAUUAUGAGCUCAUAUUUCCUAGACUGUUUAAUUAUAAUUACCUGAUGACCCUAAGUGAUUAGGAGUCACUUGACUGUGACCUUGACCUUCUGAUCUACUUUCUUGCUUUUUAAGAUAUAGCCUUGAAAUUUGAAUGACAUGUACAUAUAUAGUUUUGCACACCAGUCUUAAAACUGACUUUCGGUGACCAUGAAUUUGAGCUACUGACCUACAUUCUAAUAUUUUUGCAUCAGUUUGCCAUUUGAAACAUGUGGCUCAUUUUACUCAGGUGAGUGAUUCAGGGUAAUCAUGACCCUCUUGUUCUUAAAUUUAUUUUGGUUAAGAGAUUACAUUGAUCAUAUGAUUCUCCACAGUUUAUAACAAUAUUAGAAAAGUAAAAAAAAAACUGUCAGUAUAUUUAAAGAAAUUUUGUAUCUUACUUAAAUUGUUACACUAUUAUGACCAGGUGUUAGAUUAAUUUUUGUGCUCAACUGGGAAGGUGUUCGUGGAGAGCUUUAAAGGGUCGGAACUCCAGAUUGUAUAAUAACAAAGAAAUAAGAAAAUUUAAGAUAUGAAGAAAGUAUUGCUAUAUUCUUAAGAAGGCUCUGAAAAAAAGUUGCUGACACAUUA